AUGGCCACCACCGAGAUCCCGUACCUUCGAGCUACACCCAAUUCAGCCCAGCUGAUCGUCAAGGGCCAGCCCUUCCUUAUGCUCCCGUCAGAACUGCACAAUUCGUCACUGUCUUCAGCAGAGUACAUGGAGACGGUAUGGGACAAUCUGAAAGAUUGCAACUUCAACACCGUUCUUGGGAGUGUUACCUGGGAGAUGAUCGAGCCCGAGGAGGGCAAGUUCAAUUUCGCAGAGCUCGACACAACUAUUUUGGCCGCCCGCAAGCGUGGCCUAUACCUUGUGGUGCUGUGGUUUGGAAGCUACAAGAACGGCACCAGCUCCUAUGUUCCAGGCUGGGUCAAGACGAACCCCAGUCGGUUUCAGCGCGCAAAGAUCUUCGAUCAAGAUGGAAAGUUGAAGGUGACAGAAGUCCUCUCGCCCUUCUGCCAGGUUUGUUGGGAGGCCGACGCGAAGGGCUUUGCCGCCCUGAUGCGAAACGUCAAAGAGUUCGACGCUGAGCACAGCACCGUGCUCAUGACUCAGGUGGAGAACGAGUGCGGUCUCUUAGGAGACUCUAGAGAUCGCUGCGACCUGGCCAACGAAGCCUUUCAGACGCUCGUCCCCACUGACCUCUUGGCGUAUCUCAAGGGGAAGAAGCAGCUCCACCCCGAAUUCGAGAGGAAGUGGCCCAAGUUCAGAGAGGCUGUGGCUAUUGACGGCCCCGUGAGCUGGACCCAGGCAUUCGGCUCCAGCAUAUUUGGAGACGAGAUUUUUAUGGCAAAUGCCCUAUCCUCUUACGUGGGUAAAGUCGCCGAAGCUGGGAAGAAGGAAUAUCCCCUUCCAUUCUUUGUCAACGUGUGGAUGAACACUGAAGACGCUUCUCUCGUGGACCUUGGAGAGACUGGCGGCAAGCUCGAUCUUCCAGUGGUGGCUGGUGGAUAUAAGCCUGGCGUUUACCCGUCGGGUGGUCCUUGUCCUCACACACUCGACUUUUGGAGGUACAACGCGCCAGCCAUUGACUUCGUCUCUCCCGAUAUCUAUUUGCAAGAUUAUGAGUGGGUUUGUAAGCAGUAUCGCUACGAGAACCAGCCACUCUUCAUUCCCGAGCAGCGAGCUGACGGCCGAGGCGCGCGUCGAGCCUGGCUGGCUUAUGGCACCUACAGCAGUCUGGGAUGUUCUCCUUUUGGUAUUGAUGACGUGCCGGCGUCAGAGAGUGAUUUCACCAAACCUUACGAAAUCCUCUCUAAAACGAGCAAGCACAUCCUCGCAGCCCAGGCCGCCGAACCCAACAGCACUUUUGGCUUUUAUUUUGACCCCCUUUCCGAUAGCUGCAAGGACAAGUAG